CCCUUUCUUCUUUUUCACUUUUCUUAGCUAUCCUCUUUUGUGCGAUCCCAUUUUUUUUUCUCACUUUUUAUCGAGCCAUUAACAAACCUACAACGACAAAGCUGAUUUUGUUCGCUUCACCUUAUGCUAUUGAAUAUCAGUUUUAAAAGAUUCAAGAUUUUUUAGCGGUAUGUGGGGUUUUCUUGUUGUUGUCUUGUUCCUUGAUCGAUCAUCUCUUUCUUUCCUUUUCCUUUCUCCUAAAAAGAUUUUAGCUUUUACUGUUUUGUUUAUUUUCUGCUCUGCUUCCAAUCAACUGUUGGAUUUCACGUGUUUCUGCUCCCAUAUUUGAUUGAUUAUUCCAACUUUGAUCUAACCUUGAAGUGACUCUAUCUUAAAUUCAAGUUCUCAAAUGGGGUCUGUGAAUAACUAAGGUCGUCAUCCUUCGGUAAAAGAAAGAUUUUCUUGAAGAACUUUGGAUCUUAGGGAUUAAAUCUUUAAAUUUAGUUCCAAGAAAGAUAAGAUAGCAGAUAAAUAGUGGGUGUGUCUCCAAUGGCAUAAAAAUUUAAAAUUUAUCCUACACUAUGUGAAAAAGCGUGUACUUUAUAUUGCAUCGUCUCCUUAUUCACCUCUUCUUGAAAAAAGCUUGCUUAUUUUCAAGAAAUCUUGAAAGUUGAAACCUGAAUACCCCCUCUUUUCUGGUUUGCCAUAUAUUCAGUUUUUCGCACAACCUAUAACCCUAGAAGUUGGUAAAAUAAGGAAUCAAAUACACUCCCAUACUUCAAAUCGCUCAAUUUUAUCGAUCACGAUCUGGGAUCUUGAAUUUGAAGGUGUUAAUCGUUUAGCAUCUCUAGGGUUUUCAGUAUGAAGUUUAUGAAACUUGGAUCGAAGCCGGAUUUGUUCCAAUCCAGUAGCGAAAAUACACGGUAUGUAGCAGCUGAGCUCGCUACUGACAUAAUCGUAAAUGUUUGUAACGUCAAGUUUUAUCUGCACAAGUUUCCCCUUUUGUCCAAGAGUGGUCGUUUCCAGAAAAUGAUGACAAUUUCACACGAUGAAAACGCCAUUGAAAUCGAUCUCCAUGAAAUACCCGGUGGGCCUGGUGGGUUUGAGAUAUGUGCGAAGUUUUGUUAUGGAAUGACAGUUACAUUAAAUGCAUACAACGUGGUGGUGGCUAGAUGUGCAGCAGAGUAUCUAGAAAUGCAUGAAACUAUAGAUAAAGGAAACCUCGUUUAUAAAACGGAAGUUUUUCUGGAUUCGAGCAUUUUCAGAACAUGGAAAGAUUCGAUUAUUGUUUUUCAAACUACAAAGUCUCUUCUUCUUACAUCGUCGUCAGAUGAAUUGAAGAUUGUCAAUCGUUGUCUUGAUUCCAUAGCUUCAAAAGCUUCCAUGGAUCCCUGUAAAGUUGAGUGGUCGUAUACUUACAAUCGAACAAAAUCUGAAAAUGGUAACGAAACGCCACUUUAUAAUGGUGUUAGAAAACAGGUUAUGGUUCCUAAAGAUUGGUGGGUUGAAGAUUUGUGUGAACUUCCUGUUGAUUUGUAUAAAAAGGUCAUAACAACGAUUAGGGGUAAAGGGAAAGUAAGCCUUGAUGUUCUUGGUGAAUCUUUAAAAGCUUACACACAAAGAAGGUUAAAGAAUGGUGGCGAUGAUGUUAAAAUCCGUUCUUUGAUUGAAACGAUCAUGUUUCUUUUACCCAAAGAAAAAACGAGCGUUUCUUGUGAUUUUUUGAUUCAGUUAUUACAUGAAUCUGUUCGUUUGGAUUGUGGGGAAACAAGAAGGCGUGAAUUGGGUCAACGAAUUGGUCAACAGCUGCAAAACGCAUUGGUUUCUGAUCUUGUGAAUCUUGAUGUUGAUUUGGUUCAAGAACUCGUUAAGAUCUUCAUGAUGCAGGAUCAGAUUGCUGAUAAUGGCGACGAACAUGGCUUCCUAGAGUUCACCGAUCUUGCAGAAAUUGUGUCAACUCUACCUCGGAUUUCGCAUGACGGAAUUUAUCGUGCAAUUGACACGUUUCUUAAGGAACACCCUGGGAUGAGCAAGAUUGAGAAGAAAAGAGUUUGUAGACUAAUGGAUUGUAGGAAGUUAUCAUCAGAAGCUUGCAUGCAUGCAAUCCAAAAUGAAAGACUACCUUUACGUAUUGUUGUGCAGAUUCUUUUCUUUGAGCAAAUACGAGCCGGGUCCCACUGGAGUUCGAGAUCUGGAACAACAAAUACAGAAGAAGAAUGGGAUUCGGUGCCAACAAGUGAAGAACUCAAGAGUUUGAAAGGGGAAUUUGGUUCUUUAAGGAUAAAAGAUGGUGGAAAUGGAAACCGAAAGGCAAAAGGAAUGGUUAUGUCAACAAGGAUAUUGUCCAAGUUGUUUUCGAGCAAAGAUAAGGAUAGUGAUAAUGAGAGUUCGGAAACGUCUGGGAGUCCGAGUCCUUGUUCAACAAAUGUACGGGAGAUGAAGUCGAAUAGUGGUUCAAGAAGUAGGCGGCGUUCGACGUCAUAGUGUGUAGAUUGUAUGACAGUACAUACAUAAAGCCUAGUACUGUAUCUGGGUGUAUUAGACUGAGACUGAUGUCAGUAGGAUAAAACUUGCUUCUGUCGUCUGUGCAAAAGACGUGAAAUGUCAUGUUAUCCUAAUCACCGAAAAUAGCACUAGAAUGGUUGUGUAGUCUUGUCUGUUUUAUCUAGUCUUAUCCAAGUCCAAUCUUGUUGUAUCUUGUUCCCGAUAACAAAUGCAACUAAUUGUUAGAAUCCGGCCACAUUUUUGCUAGAAGCAUGUUUUUAACUUUUAAGUGGAGAGGCACAAGUUUUCUUAUAAGGUUUCUAGCAGUUCAAGUUGCCUUGCUCAAAAGCUUGAUUCGAAU